CUUUUUUUUAUACGAUGAAAAUCAGUUCUCCGUCGUGAAAUAAUGUAAAUAUGUGAUGCCUGGGUAAAACUGACACAACGUGAUAAGUAAAGAGGGCUCCAUGCAAAGCUCAGAGGCGUUUGCUGAAGGCAAAAUCAGGAAAAGAGUGUGUGGCUUGUGAUGUGCACGAGCGUUUGAAUGAACACGGCCAGCCGCUCUCCUCAUAUGCGCAGUCGCUGAGACUGACCUCACUCGGAUAGUCCGCAUUGUUUGCUUCAGAAGUGGGCGGUUGUUAUCAGGUUCCAGUGAUUUCACGAUGACAGACGCAGUGAUGGGCACGAAAGGUGUCCAUGUGCAGUCUGGACCGUGUCUCGGUGCAGAGCUGACUGAUGAGGAGAAGGAGAUCAUUAACAGCGUCAUCGUCCGGGCCGAAAAAAUGGAGGCAAUGGAGCAAGAGAGGAUUGGACGUCUGGUGAAUCGUCUGGACAACAUGAAAAAAGCUGUUUGUGGGGACGGAGUGUCGCGCUGCCUUUUAUGUGGAGAGCAGCUGGGAGCCGGAGGUGAUAGAUCAGUGGUUUGUGAGGACUGUAAAAAGAACAUGUGCACCAAGUGUGGAGUGCAGGCGAACGCUCGGCCGCGGUCUGUGUGGCUCUGCAAGAUCUGCAGUGAGCAGAGAGAGGUAUGGAAGCGAUCUGGAGCCUGGUUCUUCAAAGGUCUCCCUAAGCAGUUCUUGCCCUCACCGAUGCCCAUCUCCAGAGCCAGAGAUCCCAGUCCCCAGAAGAGCCCUGCAGCUCCUCCAGCGGCUGUGCAGACUCAAGCACCGGUCGCAAAGCCGACAGUGGAUCCACCGAUCACACAAAAACCACCCGUGGCUCCAAAACCUGCUCACCUUCAAACUCGUAGUUACUCAGAGGAGGAUGGCGAUGCGGGAAGCUCCCAGAAUACCCCAGUGCUGAUGAAGAAGACGGUGAACGUCCACGCGGCCAGACCAGUCCCAUCAGGCACAUUCCAGCCGGUUGCUCAGGAGGCAGAGAGAGGAGCCUAUCAAUCCAUUAGCACUGCAUCUCAUGUGCAGGAAAGAGCCCAUCCUGCAGAGAGAGAGGAGCAGAAGCCUGCUGUCGGCCCUCGUCCCGUCCAGCAUCAGGCCGCUCCGCCAGCGGACGACGAGGAGGAGGCCAACAGCUAUGACUCCGAUGAAGCAACAACUCUGGGAUCACUAGAGUUCACUUUACUGUAUGACCAAGGGAACAACAGCCUCCACUGCAGCAUUAUUAGGGCAAAGGGUUUGAAGCCGAUGGAUUCGAAUGGACUAGCAGAUCCUUAUGUUAAGCUUCAUCUGUUACCGGGUGCCAGCAAGUCAAAUAAAUUACGCACCAAGACCCUACGCAACACUCGCAACCCAACCUGGAAUGAGACGCUGGUGUACCACGGGCUGACAGAUGAGGACAUGCAGCGCAAGACCCUCAGAAUAUCUGUCUGUGAUGAAGACAAGUUUGGCCACAAUGAGUUCAUCGGAGAAACCAGAGUUGCGCUGAAAAAACUCAAGUUUAAUCAGAAGAAGAACUUUUACGUGUGUCUAGAGAGGGUUGUGCAGACAAAAAGAACAUCAACUGCAGGCGGUGCGCGAGGAAUUGCCCUCUAUGAGGAUGAGACUGCGAAGGAAGGAGCUGAGCUGGAAGAGAGAGGACGAAUCCUGAUAUCCCUCAUGUACAGCAGUCAGCUGAGUCGUCUCAUUGUGGGUGUUAUACGCUGUGUUCACUUAGCAGCAAUGGAUGCGAAUGGGUAUUCUGAUCCUUUUGUCAAAAUAUGUCUGAAACCUGAUAUGGGGAAGAAAGCGAAGAAUAAGACGCAGAUCAAGAAGAAGACACUCAACCCAGAGUUUAAUGAGGAAUUCAGCUAUGAAAUUAAGCAUGCAGAGCUGGCCAAAAAGACUCUUGACAUCUCAGUAUGGGACUAUGACAUAGGCAAAUGCAAUGACUAUAUAGGAGGCUGUCAGCUGGGUAUCACUGCCAAAGGUGAGCGUUUGAAGCACUGGUACGAAUGCCUCAAGAACAAAGACAAGAAGAUCGAGCGCUGGCAUACUCUGCUCAACGAGAAUCACAUCUCCAGCGAUUAGCCUCUUAAAGCGUUCUGCAUGCCUUUAAGUUCUACUCGGCCCCUUUUGCAACUCCAUUCCCCUCCACUAACUGCAUAUCUUGAGCUAUACCGAUCUUGCUCUUGUCUGGCUGACACAUGAUAUGCUUUCAAGAAACAAAAUGUGAUGUCUGGAGCUCUUCUGUUCACUGUGACCUACACAAACGACUAUAGGUUAGCAUUGAAGUAUUAAAGAACUGCACAAAUAUGUCAUGCUCUGUAAUCUGGCCGCAGUAGCAUUGUGAUUAAGUUAUAGUUGAAGAACAAUUGUAGAAACUCCAAAUAUUUAUCUUAAUUGUUGUGGGAAUGCAUUUAUAUCACGUCUCUUAGCAAUCUCUCUUAUUAAAAAACAUUAGGAAAGACUUUCUCCUUUAAAAAAAAAAGAGGCCGAUACAGAAAGUAUAAGCCCUAUUUUAAGCAGUUUUAACCAGUCUAAGAAUGUUUACAGGCCAUAUAGAAUGUCAGGUUCAAUUACUUAUGUUUAGCGACUUUUUAAACACCUUUAACAUAUUAUACUUUUUGUUAAUAUAUGUGAAUUAGAUUUUAUUUUUAUAUUUUCUGUUUUCACAUUCAUUUUAGUUAAAAUUGUAGAAUUUUGCUGCAUUUUUGUCAUG